CCCAACGGGGUGGGUCGGUUCUUCGGAUACGCCGACUCCGCUGCAGCCUUUCUUCAGCAGGUCCUACAGCACCGAAAUUCGCCAUCACUACUCGAGAAAACUGGUGAUGUGCGAGCGGUGAGGAUGGAAGACUACGAUAAGAAAGGUCCAAAUUGUGCGUUUUGGAUGCAGUUUGACAUGGCGUUGGUGAGCAUUCACGUCUCCAAUCUGCAAGUGGUUCGACAAGGCGCCAACUAUCCAAAUUCAGAAGCUGAGUUCCUCCCACAGGCACCUUCAACACGUGUCAAAUGUAUCACACUGGCGCAUUCACGAGAAGUGAGUUGUGGAGUGUGCUCGCACUUCGUUGACCGCCGUCAGCCACCAACCCCACCACCUCUCACUCUUCAACUUUCACCAUCUUCCUUCGCUUGA